CGCAAUUGCUGAGCGACCAUGACACGUCGUCGUCACUGCAGCUCUCGUCGAUCGCAUCCCCCAUGUCGUACGCGACGCUGUCCGAGUCGGCCAUCGAGGGUCUCUUGGCGCUCGACGAUUCGCAGAGCGGACAAUCCUUUGUAAACGCGUCGUCGUUUGGCCCGAGCUUCGAUCCCAGCGUUUUCGAGUCCAACAUGGCGAUGAAGAACGCCGAUUUGAGCAUCCUCGAGCACCCGGAUGCGACCUUUGAGGGCCCGAGCCUCGUGGCGGUGGGGUCGGCGUGGGCGCUCGAGCUCGAUGUCGAAGACGCUGUCAUCGUGGCGCUUGCCGACCUCCGCGCGUCGAUUGGCCACGCGCACUUUCUCGUUGUGAGCUACUCGAGCAACUGGUCGCCGGAAGACAUUCAGCUGCUCUUGGCCACGCAUGCGCCGGACGUACCGUACGUUGGCGGUACGAUCGCGCGGGGUAUCUGCGACGACGAAGCGUGGAUCGCCAAGCACAAGCACAGCAACGAAGGAUUGAUUGCGAUUUGGGGCGUGCACGACCCGCUCGGAACGUACGUCGUCGGGCACACCGAGUACGACCAGCUCUCGGCGCGGCGCGAGGUCCACCACGCCAUGGCCACGUCGUACAUGUCGACGGGUGCGACGCCGGAGUUUUGCAUGCUCUUUGCGAGCCCGCUGUUUAUCGAAGAUGCGCUGGAAGGCGCGCGGAGCGGCGCGCGGCACUGCCCGCUCGUCGGCGGCUGCGCGACGAGUGCCAACUCCAAGACGUGGUCGCAGAUCAGCAGUGCGCGCGGCUUCACGCAGCUCGGGCUGAGCUACUGCCUCGCGGCGCCGAGCGUCAAGACUGUCGUGUCGUGGUUCUCGGGCUACGGGUCGCUGGCCGCUCACGACUGCGUCGGGCCCGCCACCGACGUCGCCCACAAGACCGUGCACGAAAUCAGCGGUCGCCCGGCCGCCGAUGUCUACUACGAGUGGCUCGCGAUGGCGGCCGAGAAGAACCAGACAGACCUUGGCAAGACGCGGCUGCCAAAGCUUGGCAACAUUCACCCGAUCGGCGUGCUCAUUCCCACGUCGCCGGCGUCCGGCGACCUCGUUGUGCGCAACACGCCCGUGGUCCUGGACCUCACGGCGCAUUCGGUGACUGUCUCCAGCCCCAUCGAAGUCGGUGCGACGAUCGCGCUCAUGGAGCUCUCAACCGAGACGCUGCUUGCGGCCGUUGAAUCGUGGGGACAGGAAAUCACGUCCCAGCAUCUACUGCCGACGAGCCAAGUGACCGGGUGCUUGCUCUUCAUGUCGGCAAGCGUUCAAGCUCUGCUGGGGGCGUCCGCGAUGGCCGAAAUGGUCGGCGCGUGCCAACGCUGGACCAAGAACGCGCCGUUCCUGGCGCUCAGCACGUACGGGCAGAUUGGCCAAGCGACGGACCACGGGCACUCGACACCACUCUACGACCCGCUUAUGUUUGCCUCGGUCGUCUUCACAAGCGAGAGCAAGCGCGCCAGCGACGCCUAACGCGAGUACUUUGUGAUGUAUGUGCGUCAAACUACUGCCGCCGAAGGGCAACGUGUGGGCUUCGAGUUGUCGCGACACACAGUGUCCUUCAGGCUUGAUGGGCGUGAACACUGCCAAUGCGCUG